GGCGGGGGGGGGGGGGUGGCGGAAACACAGCACUGCGACGCUAGUCGCAGGCCGAGCGGGCGGAAGUGCCUGCGCUCUGGGCUCAGGCCGGGGCUGCCACGGGCCCCUAAGGGCCUGCUUUUGAGUCGUGGCAGCGGCGGCAGGGAGUACGAUCCCGCCCAGUCGGGUGUCGAUUUCCCCAGAGGACGGAACCCGGGAGCUGGUAACAAGGCCGUGAGGAGGUGGCAGGCGGCGAGGCCCGGGGAAGGCGGCGAGCUCGCAGCGCCCCCCUCCCCCCCAGGCCUCGGCCCGCAUCCCGGCGCCCACAUGGCCUCCAGAGUGGGCGCGGCCUUGGAAGAGCUGCCUCACGACGGCACGUGUGACGAGUGCGAGCCCGACGAGGCGCCUGGGGCCGAGGAGGUGUGCCGGGAAUGCGGUUUCUGUUACUGCCACCGCCAUGCCGAGGCGCACAAGCAGAAAUUCCUCUCCCAUCACCUGGCCGAGUACGUCCAUGGCGCUCAGGCCUGGACCUCUCGAGGCCCCGGCGAGGGCGCGGGGAAGGAAGACAUCGAGGCCCAAGUGGAGCCCGACAGGGAGAUAGAGAGCGAGUCCGAAGGAGCCAGUGAGUCGGAAGAAGAGAGCGAGACUGAGGAAGAGAGCGAAGAGGAGAGCGACGACGAGGAGAGUGAAGAAGACAGCGAGGAAGAGAUGGAGGACGAGCAAGAAAGUGAGGCCGAAGAAGACAACCAAGAAGGAGAAUCCGAGGCUGAAGGGGAAACUGAGGCAGAAAGUGAAUUUGACCCCGAAAUCGAAAUGGAAGCAGAGAGAGUGGCCAAGAGGAAGUGUCCGGACCAUGGGCUCGAUUUGAGCACCUAUUGCCAGGAAGAUAGGCAGCUCAUCUGUGUCCUCUGUCCAGUCAUUGGGGCGCACCAGGGACACCAGCUCUCCACCCUAGAUGAAGCCUUCGAAGAGCUAAGAAGCAAAGACUCAGGAGGACUGAAGGCAGCUAUGAUAGAGUUGGUGGAAAGAUUAAAGUUCAAGAGCUCAGACCCUAAAGUAACUCGGGACCAGAUGAAACUAUUUAUACAGCAAGAAUUUAAGAAAGUUCAGAAGGUGAUUGCUGAUGAAGAGCAGAAGGCCCUUCAUCUAGUGGACAUCCAGGAAGCAAUGGCCACAGCUCAUGUGACUGAGAUAUUGGCAGAUAUCCAGUCCCACAUGGAUAGGCUGAUGACUCAGAUGGCCCAGGCCAAGGAACAACUUGAUACCUCUAAUGAAUCAGCUGAGCCAAAGGCAGAGGGUGACGAGGAAGGACCCAGGACAUUGCAUCUGCCUCCAAUUGAAAUGCUGUCCAGGAGGAGCCUAUAUUCUAUCAUACAUCUUCUGCCUGCUUUAUCUGGUUUUAUAGUGGGAGGACAAGGCUCAGUAGGAGGGAGCCUAUUGUCACUUUUUGUGCUGUGGUUCUACUCUGAUCAGCUUUUGUCUGCCAUUCAGUGUAGUAGCUAUGCUUGUCAGGCUCAUGUUGUUUAUGUAUUUGACCUCAGCUUAUCAUGAAAACACUUUGUACCAGGAGCUCUAUUCCUUAUGUUCUCAAACAGGAAAGACUACAGAGAAGUUCUUUCAUUCAUUUGUUCAGCAAACAUCUUAAGAGUUCCUGAUGUAUUCCAGGCCUUAUGCCAAGCCUCAGAGAUAUGAGGAUGAUUAAGAUUUUUGUCCCUGCAUUAAAAGAUUUCAAAAGCUAAGCUGAGUACCAUGGCUCAUGCCUGUAAUCCUAGAUACUCCAGAGACUGAUAUCCAGGGAAUCACAGUUUGCAGUCAGCUCAGGCAGAAAAGUUCAUGAGACUUCAUCUCUAAAUUAACCAGCGAGAAGCCUAGGCAGAGGAGUAGUUUGAGCAGUUCAGGUGGCAGAGCACCAGUCCAGAAAACAUGUUGAGCAAUUUUGAGAGCAUUCAAGCCCCAGUACUAUCAAUGAAUAAAUAAAUAUUUAGAAGCUAAUUUGAAGGGGAGUGCUAAAUGAACUAUUUUAGUUUUAAAUUUGUUUAAUAUAAUACCAUUUAAGCAUAAGGAAGUAUUUGUGAAAUAGCAACUAAGGAAAUAUUUUAAUUGUUUACAUAUAUUAAUUUCUUUAAAACAGUCCUAAUGAGUAGUUUAUGUGUUAUCUUUAUUAUCUGAGAUGAAAAUCUGAUCUGCAGAGAGAUUAAUUAUACAAGCAUGAAAUCAACAUAGCUUAAAAGGGGACAGGGCAGGGUGGGGGGGAGUAGAACCAGCAUCCAAACUCAGUCUAACUCCAGAGUGCGAAGUUUUAACCCAAGCACUGUAAUGAUCUUACAAAAUAGAUACAUUGGCUGGGACUAUAGUACAACUAACUCAGAAAGAAGAAUAAAAAAAUGUAGCAUUUCUGGACCUUAGCAGAUGGGUAGGACUAGGUAUUUUAAGAUAGAAAGGAUAGGAAAGCCAUCUAAGCAGAGACAUCAACAAGGAUAAAGUUUCAAAAGUAUGAAAGUGCUUAUGCAGUGUAGAACUAAUGAAUAAUUGGAUGUUUCAGCUACAAGAGGUAAGAAUGAAAGAUGGAUUGGGUCUGGGAUGCCAUUCUGGGGUAUUUUCUGAUAGACUUUACCUCUUGACUACAGUAUUGCCCAAAGAAUUGAAGAGACUUCAGAAUCUUAGGGGUUUCUUCCUCUAGUUAUGAUAUACUAUAGAUAAAUUUUUUAAUGCCUGAGUUUCCCCCAUCAAAAUUUGACACAUUAUUCUACAUCAAGCACAAGUAUGCUGUGAAACAUUAAAUAUAUUAUCCUUUUUCUAUUUGUUAUUUCAUUUGGAAAAAUAAGCAACUGGGAUAAAGAAGUUGCAAAAGGAAAUUGUUCAUUUGAUUAUAUUCUCUUUCUACUCGUGUAGACUGUUCCUACCUUCCUCUGCUUUAAAAUCAAGUUUGGGAAGUAUUUACCUGAGGCACUGACAUUUCCCAAAUAGAGGAUGAAGAUGUUUUACUUAAAAACUAGUCAAAAGUUGGGAUUGGGAAUGUGGUUUAGUGGUAGAGUGUUUGCCUAGCAUGCAUGUAGCCCUGGGUUCGAUUCCUUAGUACCCCAUAAACAGAAAAGGCUGAAAGUAGUGCUGUGGCUCAAGUGGUAGAGUGCUAGCUUUGAGCAAAAGAAGCUAAAGGUCAGUGCCCAGGCCCUGAGUUCAAGCCCUAGGACUGCCCCCCUCCCCAAAAAAACCAACUAGUCAAAGAAUUAAGCUGAUGUGAAAGAAUGCAUGUGAAUCCAUGAAUGUGAUGCUGUGGAGUCUUCCUAGCCUAGAUCUCUUCCUUCUUGCUUGUCUUUCAUGGCCAUUUUGGACUGCAACUAAGCAAAAUAGAUUUUAGGAAUUAAAACUCCAGUCCAUGUUUUAAGAAUAGUUAUGGUUGUUCAAAGUGCC